GACCCCGUAUUCAUUAUAUCCGCUCUCCCCGGACCCGGCAUUCACUAUAUAUAUGGUCUCCCUGGACCCGGCAUUCACUAUAUAUGGUCUCCCUGGACCCGGCAUUCACUAUAUCUGGUCUCCCCAGACCCUGCAUUCACUAUAUCCGCUCUCUCCGGACCCCGCAUUCACUAUAUCCGCUCUCCCCGGACCCCGCAUUCACUAUAUCCGCUCUCCCCGGACCCCGCAUUCACUAUAUCCGCUCUCCCCGGACCCCGCAUUCACUAUAUCCGCUCUCCCCGGACCCCGCAUUCACUAUACCCGCUCUCCCCGGACCCUGCAUUCACUAUAUCCGCUCUCCCCGGACCCUGCAUUCACUAUAUCCACUCUCCCGGACCCCGCAUUCACUAUAUCCGCUCUCCCCGGACCCCGCAUUCACUAUAUCCGCUCUCCCCGGACCCCGCAUUCACUAUAUCCGCUCUCCCCAGACCCCGCAUUCACUAUAUCCGCUCUCCCCGGACCCGGCAUUCACUAUAUAUGGUCUCCCUGGACCCGGCAUUCACUAUAUAUGGUCUCCCUGGACCCGGCAUUCACUAUAUCUGGUCUCCCCAGACCCUGCAUUCAC